GUGGGCCUGGCUGUGAGGACAGAAAACCCUUUGAGAAAGCCACCUCCCACCUGCUGUGCACACAGGGCACCAGGCACUGUCCCCCAAGGUCACCUCCACCUCCGGAGUUGAUAGGGGUGUCCCUCCCAAGCACUCUGGCUCAGCCAAACAUAUAAGCAGGGCCUCCCAGCCCUUGUUGCUCUACCAUGCAGGGACCACCCCUCUCUCCACUAGUGCUGCUGCUGGUGACCAUGGGCACUGUGUUACAGGCCAAGACCCUCAAAGAAGACCUCAAAAGAGCCACCAGCACCAGGGGCCUCAUCUUCUUUGAAGAUGGGAUCUGGCCUCUCAGCAGUCCCCCAGAGCCCUUGUGCCUGGUGACACUGAGAGGCUUGAGGAACACAAGCAGAGCCCCGCUAAGGGUGGUAGGGGGCCUGGACAGUUAUGAGCAUUCCUUCCUGGAGGCUGUACAGGAGUCUCACUGGGGACCCCAAGACCUGGCCACCUUCGGAGUCUGCAGUCCUGACUCCCAGGCUAUCCUGCCAGCCCUGCAGCGCCUUGGGGCCUGGCUGGGGGAGACUGGGGGGCAGCAGUUGCUGGUCUUGCAUCUGGCUGAAGUGAAAUGGGAGCCCACGCUCUUACUGAAGUUCCAAGAGCCUCCACAUGGGGGAGACAGCAGCUGGGAGCAGGCCUUGCUGGUGCUAUACCCUGGACCUGGCCCCCAGGUCACAGUCACAGGGGCUGGACUGCAGGGCACACAGAACCUCUGCCCUACUCGAGACACCCGGUAUUUGGUGCUGGCUGUGGACUCUCCAGCGGGGGCCUGGAGCGGCCCCGGCCUCGCCCUAACCCUUCAGCCACUCAGAGAAGGUGCCGCCCUGAGCAUCACCCAGUUGCAGGCCUUUCUGUUCGGCUCUGACUCUCGCUGUUUCACACGCAUGACCCCAACCCUGCUGUUGCUGCCACCCGUCCCACCAUCACUGCAGCCAGCGCAUGGCCAGCUGGACACCAUGCCCUUCCCGCCACUCAGGCUGUCCCUGGAGCCAGAGGAGCUGCCACACAGCACUGAUCCCUUCCUAGAGACCCUCACUCGCUUGGUACGUGCCCUACGGGGACCCCCGACCCGGGCCUCACAUACACAUCUGGCCCUGGACCCUGGGGCGCUGGCCAGCUUCCCACAGGGCCUUGUCAACCUGUCAGACCCCACUGCACUGGAACGCCUGCUCGAUGGGGAGGAACCACUGCUCCUGCUGUUGUCUCCCGCUGCGGCCACCAUGGGGGAACCCACCCCGCUGCAGGACCCUGCCUCUGCUCCGUGGGCAGCCGGCCUGGCACGCAGGGUGUCCGUGGAGCUGCAGGCAGCUGCCUCAGAGCUGCGGGGCCUCCCGGGCCUGCCACCCGCUGCGCCCCCGCUGCUAUCGCGCCUACUGGCACUGUGCCCCAACGACACCCACAGCCCCGGGGACCCGUUGCGCGCGCUGCUGCUGCUGAAGGCGCUGCAGGGCCUGCGUGCAGAGUGGCGUGGGCGGGAAGGGCGCGGGAGGGCGGGGCGCAGCGCAGGGACAGGGACAGAGGGGCCAUGCGCACUGCGUGAGCUGAGCGUAGACUUGCGCGCAGAGCGGUCCGUGCUCAUCCCCGAGACCUACCAGGCCAACAACUGCCAAGGCGCCUGCACGUGGCCACAGUCCGACCGCAACCCUCGGUAUGGGAACCACGUGGUGCUCCUGCUGAAGAUGCAGGCUC